ACCACACCCAAGGCAGCCAGUGAGCCAGAAAGAAGAAGAGGCCAUUCGAAGCUGCCACGCACGCCACGCGGAAACCAUUCGAGUCCACGAGGAGCAGCAGAAGAAGAAAGGGCAAGGGCCAGGCCCCACCACCGAGAAGCGAGAAGCAGAGCGAGGAACAUCCUCCGGUGGCCGCCGCCAUGGCCGGCUGCUGCGUGUUCCUCCGGUGGCCGUCGGCCUCGCCGUCGCGCAUCGGCUACCGCUCCCUCGUCGACGCGGCGGCCGACGCCGCCGCCCCGCCGUCGACGGUGACGGUCGUGGUCGGGAAGGAGCGGCGGGCGUUCGCGGUGGACCGCCUCGUGCUCGACUCCUACCCGCUCCGGCUGCUCCUGGAGACGGCGGCGCGCAGGGAGGAGCGCAGGGCCGGGGGCGGCGCCGGCGCCAUCUUCGUGGACGUCGACGCCAUCCUCUUCGAGCACAUCCUCUGGCUCGCCUGCGACGCCCGCUCCGUCUCCCAGAUCCUGCACCUCGACCUCAAGGAGAUCAUCGACUUCUACGCCCAGGACGCGUGACUGGUCCGCCGCCCUCAGCUGCGCGGCUCCGGCAUGCCCGAGCCCGGCUCCUCCUCCUCCCUGGACACGUACUCCGCACCACCUGCACGUUUCUUCCAUGGAUGGAUAUUCUUUUUUUUCUUUCUUCCUUUCGUCCUCUCUUACGCUAAUGCGCGUAUUGAUGCGCGGGAUACUAUUGGAAAUUAAUACAGAACAGAAACGGUUAUGAAGUUC